UCAUGGGUGCAGCUGGGAGCUUUGUCUUUCCUUUGGUUAGCUACAAUCCCCGCCCACCCAAGUGAGUCUUUAAAAGCUGCUUCUCCAUCUUUCAGCUUCCUUUCCGCGUAUGCGCCUUGCUCCUGCCACUUUUUCCGGGUUGUAUUCUUCUGCUUAAAGCUGAGCGAUGGCUGGCAUCCAGGAGCGUACCUUCAUUGCCGUCAAACCCGAUGGCGUGCAGAGGGGUCUUGUCGGGGACAUCAUCAAGCGCUUUGAGCAGAAAGGAUUUAAACUCGUUGCCAUGAAAUUUCUCCAGGCCUCUGAAGACCUCCUCAAGCAGCAUUACAUUGACCUUAAAGAUAAGCCGUUCUAUAAUGGACUGGUUAAGUACAUGGCCUCCGGUCCUGUAGUGGCAAUGGUGUGGGAAGGUCUGAAUGUGGUAAAAACGGGAAGAGUGAUGCUGGGAGAGACAAAUCCUGCAGACUCCAAGCCCGGAAGCAUCCGCGGAGACUUCUGCAUUCAAGUUGGCAGGAACAUCAUCCAUGGAAGCGAUUCUGUUGAAAGCGCAAAUACUGAGAUCAAUCUGUGGUUUAAGGCCGAGGAGCUGGUGGCGUACAAAAGCUGCGCACAAGACUGGAUCUACGAGUGAGUCUCACGCUCACCCUGCUGUGUAGCGGGACGCUGGUUCCUGGAACUCGCAUUGUCAAACUGAUGCUUGCCAAUAAAGUCAUGAACUCAAA